GGUGCUGCCGGCGCCCGGGUGAAGCGGGCGGCGAAGGGCGGGCCGUCCCGCCAUAGCUAAUGGCUCUCUGGCGGGCCGCACCGCCGCUCCCCGGGGACAAGAGACCGCCGCGGCCCUCGCCCCGCGGGUGGCCGUGAUCGCGGCUAGGCGCGGCCGCGGGUGGGCUCGGCAGUCCGCUGCUUCCCGGACGACGGGGCGCCUUUGCGCCGCCCGCUUUCCUUUUGCUUCACUGGCUGUGCCCAGAGGCGUGGGGUGAGCAGAGAGGGAAGUGCUGAUCAGUAGUCUGCCUCAGCGAGGUAUUAAGUCUUAAAAGAGGUACUUGUUUUCAAGAAGUACAAUGGAUAACGUGAGAAAAGUUGGUAGCAACUCAUGCAGUGAUGGAGUUCUACUUAGAAUGGGCCUCAAUGAUAACAAAGCUGGAAUGCAAGGUUUGGAUAAAGAGAAGAUCAAUAAAAUCAUCAUGGAAGCAACCAAGGGUUCUAGAUUUUAUGAAAAUGAACUUAAAAAGGAUCAACAAGUUAACCAACGAAUUGAAAAAAUGAUGAAGUUAAAAGAGAAAAUUACGACACAAGAGCUCUUGAAAGCACAGCUACAGGUGGACAAACUUGUCACGGAGCUGGAACAGAGCCGUAACCUUAGCAGUACGAUUGUACACAUUGACAUGGAUGCCUUCUAUGCAGCUGUAGAAAUGAGAGACAGUCCAGAGCUAAAGGAAAAGCCCAUAGCAGUGGGAUCAAUGAGUAUGUUGUCCACCUCAAAUUACCAUGCUAGGAGAUUUGGUGUACGUGCAGCCAUGCCUGGAUUCAUUGCUAAGAAGCUAUGUCCACAUCUAACUAUAGUACCAUUAAACUUUGAAAAAUAUGGCAAAGUGAGUAAAGAGGUUAGAGAAAUACUGACUGAAUAUGAUCCCAAUUUUAUGCCUAUGGGCCUAGAUGAAGCCUACCUGAACAUAACAGAGCAUUUGGAGGAAAGACUGAACUGGCCUGAAGAUAAAAGAAGAUUCUUUCUUAACACAGAAAGCACUAUGGAAAAAAACAAAGAUGAUAUAAAUAUGGCUGCCAAAUUUAAUGAAGGUGGAUACUCUUCUUCACCAGUACUGUUUGAAGACAGCACACCUCUGAUAGAUGACCACCCUGAGCAAAGAGAUCAAUCAGUGGAAAAUUCAGUUGUCUUUGGAACUUCUGCAGAAGAAGUUGUGAAGGAAAUUCGCUUUAGGAUUGAGCAGAAAACUCAACUGACUGCUAGUGCAGGAAUAGCACCGAACACAAUGUUAGCAAAAAUGUGCAGUGAUCGUAAUAAACCUAAUGGACAAUGCAGAAUUCCUCCUGAGAGACAAGCAGUGCUAGACUUCCUAAAAGAUUUGCCCAUUAGAAAGGUGCCAGGUAUAGGAAAAGUAACAGAGAAGAUGUUAAAAGCUCUUGGAAUUGUGACUUGCUCAGAACUUUACCAGCAGAGGGCACUACUUUCUCUUCUUUUUUCAGAAGCAUCUUGGCGUAAUUUCUUGGAUAUUUCCCUUGGUUUGGGUCCAACACAUUUGGAAAAGGAUGGAGAAAGAAAAAGUAUGAGCACUGAAAGAACAUUCAGUGAAAUAAACACAGCAGAAGACCAGUACAUCUUGUGUCGAGAACUCUGCAGAGACCUUGCGCAAGAGCUACAGAAAGAGGGACUUAAGGGUAAAACUGUUACCUUGAAGCUAAAGAAUGUGAACUUUGAAGUAAAAACGAGAGCUUCAACUGUACUGUCUUCUGUUUCUACUGAGGAGGAAAUAUUUGCUGUUGCUAAGGACUUGUUAGGAACAGAAAUUGACAGUGUUGCUCCUCACCCUUUACGGAUAAGACUUAUGGGUGUACGAGUAUCAGGAUUUCUAAGUGAAGAAGAGAAGAAGUACCAACAAAAAAGCAUUACAAGUUUCUUGAAGUCAGGAAAAGAAAUUGGUUUUCUUAGGCUUCAGCCAGGGAAGUCUAACCAAGAAUACCUCAGCAAAAAUUCAGAAGCAUCUCCCAGAGGGAGUUUUUUUGAUAAAAAGCGAGCUGCAAGGCAGCUAAACAGUGAGACUCUAUCUCCAAAUGAAACUGUAGGUAAGCAGCUCUUUCAUGAUAGGAAAACAUCAGCAAAUUCUGUGGAAGAAACAAAGAAAGUCAAAGACUUACAUAAUUCUGAUACGUGUAAGAUCUUCACCUGCCCUGUUUGCUUCGAGGAGCAAAGCAGCAACAAUUUGGAAGAGUUUAAUAGGCAUAUUGAUGAAUGCCUCAAUAGGACUCUUGUUAAAGGUACUAUGGAAAUAUCCAAGAAUGACAAUUCAAGAGAAAAUACACUUAACUUUCUUCCCCAAUUUAAAAAUGAAAAUGUUGAUGAGUGUCAAAAAAAUAAAACAGAUCAAUUAGCAGGAACAGAUGAGUGUGCAAGUACAUCUGACAAUUCUACUAGCAAUAGCACAGAAAAAUUCACUCAGAUAAUAUCCGACACACGUCACAGAGGAAGACAGCCUAGCAAUCUCAGUGAUAUUGCUAGAAACGCGUGUAUGAAAUAUUGUCUCUUCACCAAAAGAAUUUCACAAGACAAGGAAGACCAUUUUGAAAAGACUGAACAUACAGAAGAAACUAGUUCAUCCUGUUUCUUUGAAGCCAAAGAAGACAGUGUUCUUGUUUGUCCAGUUUGUAAUUCAGAACAGAAAACCAGCAGUCUUGUGUCAUUUAACAGACACGUGGACGUCUGCUUAAAUAAAGGACUUAUCAAGCAGCUGACAGAAAAAAAAGAUUUUCCUACUAAGACUUAUAAUAUGGAAAACUCAAACAGAGUUGGAGGUUUAAGCAGAGGACAGCAAUGCACAAAUCCGUCACAAGGAGCAAAAAGGUCUGGACUCACAAGUUCACAGUCAGUAUCAAAAAAGGCCAAGUCGAGCAAUUCCAAGCAUACAAUUGAAAUGUUUUUUAAAUAACUGUGUAACAACAUAUUCUGUAUGAAGUAUUUCACAGUGUUUUAUGACUGCAGAUCAAUUUAGCAUGACUUCUCUCUGCUGUUCAGCAAACAGAACAGGGAGAUUAGAGCUGCCAUUUAGCAAGCCUGUAGGGCGAGCUCCCUAGAAAGCAGGAAUCAUUAGCUAGGGUGCCACACUGUGCUUACCUAAGUCGCUCUUCCCACACUUGACCUGCCAUCUUCGCUGUUGAUUGUAUUGGCUGUAGUAGCUAUAGUAGUUCAGUCUGUGACACUUCCUUGGGCAGUUCAACACCAAAUUGAAUUGCGGUAUUAGCUGUGUGAUAAAAAAGAAGAGCUGAGUUGCUUGAUUUCAGCUUGUAAAUGUCUGUCUUCUCAGUAGACACAAAAAUGGAUUGGUCUCACAGUUUCAAAAGAAAAGAGCAAGAAUGUAGAGCAUAGUUAAGCUUUCAUUGUUGUCACUGAAAUGACUUCAUUAAGAGCUGAUGGACUAACCCUGAAGGACUCAUUGUGAUGAGAUACAGGAUGACUUCACUGAUUUAAAAAAUGUUAAUAAAACUUCUGGUGAGAGAAUUCCGCCAGUUUAGUCAGACAAAUGCUGUUUGACCCUUGACCUUUCCAAAGAGACCAAGAACAUUGAUUUUCUUCGCAAUUGUGAAAUUGUUACUGGUCAGUAGUACUAAGUUUGAUCUGAAUAAAAUGUCUCAUGGUGCAAUAACAGUAAGAAUGAUGUGCAAAUAUGCAAGAUGCUGAACCUUCUUAUUGUUUACCUAUCUUUCUCUUUUAAAUUACUUUGUAUUUCUGAAUAAACAAUAUUUUACGAUUGCAUAUGUGGAAGGAGAAAGUUGUAAAGUGCAAAUAUUUAAAAUACUCUGUUUAGGUUUUUUUUCUGUUCACACCAAAUUGCUUAAAUGUAGACAUCUUAUUAUAAUUAAAUAUUUAUGAGGCUAAUAAUUUAUGACAGCAUAUUUCUUAUAAGUUAUACAAUGCCAAACCCUGUAUGAAAUAUGAACUACUUUUUAAUUGCAGAAUCUUUAAAAGAAGUGGCUACUAUAGAGGCAUCUGUUGUGUUGUUUAACUGUACUGGAAGCACUUUGGCAUUUGCUUGUUUUUAAACAAACAAAUGUGUACCAGGUAUGUUUUAGAUGCCCAGGCAAAGUCCAGAAUGUGCUGCUUUGUUUCCAAACUUGCUGGAAUAAUUUCACCAUCUCUUCCUGCUCAUCUGUUUGUUUGCCAGAUGCCACUGUACCCACAGUUCUAUCAUUUGCAUUCAUGUUAGUGCUCCUGUAUCUGCUUUGGACCAAAUCAGCUGGACUAGUUCAGACUGUGUAAGCUGACUCAGUUGACUUUUUCUGAACCAGGUCAGUGAGCAUUCAGCAUAAGCUCUUCUGUUGACAGAGGUGGGAGCUGGAAACUUUUGGUGGGAAAGACAUAAAAGCAACUGAGGGAACAAUGACUUAAGCUAUCACUGCUGUUUAGAAAGUGAAUACCUGUCCCUGUGUUAGUAUGUAUCUGUCUGAUUCAAUAAAGUGUAGAAUCUAAA